AGCUGAUUCUACCACCAAAUUUCAUGAACCCACUUUCUUCCUCUUCAAAAUUUUACCUUAAACCAACUUCCCUCUUCUCAAAGUCUCUUAGAUUCCGCUUCUUUUACACUACUUCACACCAUGUAGAAAACACCAUUGAAGUAAUUCAAGCUCUCAAUGGAAAACCCAUUACUAAAACCAGUACUAUUUCAAAAAUUAAUUCCCAAAUACUUAAAGAAAAUUGGUUAUCUUCACUCUCAAUUAAUGGAAUAAAUAGCAACAGAAAUGAAGGAGUUGAAGUAAAUGGUGGGUCGGAAUGGGUUAUUGGUGUUGACCUAAAUGUUUCUGGUGCUUUAUCUCUGUUGAAAUUUGAUUGUAAUGGUAUUAUUUCUGCUCAAGUGUUUGAUUCUCCAUAUGUGAAAGUAUCUGUUGGGAAAACAUGUCGGAAACAAUUGGAUGCGAGGUCCAUUGUUCAAUUGCUGCAGAGUUUUGAUGUUCCUGUAGGUAUGAGAUCAUUCUUGAACCUCUGAUGACUUGGAACAUACUAUCAGUCUAUCAGACUAACAUAUGCCAUCAUCUCUUUUGGAUUAAAUGAUAUACAAUUUGAGGUGGGUGUUAAUUUUUUGAAGACAUAUGUUGUGUUUGGGCAAGUCAACCCUAACAAUGGCGCCAGUUGAAUGCGUAAGGGCAUACUGGUAAUUUACCACAAAUGGCACACUGACGGCAGUUGUCAUUAAUGGUAUUCUGUGCUAACGAACGAAAACUCAAUGGUAUAUGGUGAAUUAAAACAUUUUGUGUGGUAUAUAGUGAAUUUCGGAGAAACUCAAUGGUAUAUCAUGAAAUAUCCGUAAAAAAAAUUAUUAUGUUAUUAGUAAAGAAUACUAAAAUUGUGUUAAGUUACUGUCUCCUUAUAUGUAAUUGUAAAAAAACUAAUUCGAAACUAUAUUUUUCUUAUAAAUGAAUAGAUGGUUAAGAUGAGGAUGUCUGGUUAAAGUUGACUAUUUAUUUACUAUUGCUUUACUGUUUUCUUAUUACAAGAUAUACUAUGUUCUUUGUAAAAUAUUAUUAUGUUCUUGUAAAAG